CAGGGCGCCGCCGACGAGCGGCGGCCCGGCCCGCCGACGCCGUCGAUGUCCGGCCCGGGCGGCGGCGCCACCGUGGCCGCGCCGCAGGAGGCGCAGGGCGCCGCGAGCGGGAGCGCCCCGUCACGCGGCCCUCCGCCCGGCGGCGGCACGCCCGAGCGCCGCGCGAGCGCGCCGCCGACGCUGGACGAGGGCGACGAGGAGCCGGCCGAGAACCUGAGCCCUCGGUCGAGGACGUACACCGAGGGCCUGAACAGCGGGCAGAAGUCCACUACUAGGGUUGUCUCGCUGUGCCAGGCGCUGCAGUACGGGGUGCAUUCCAUCCAGGGCCUCAGACCGGAGAUGGAGGACGCGCACCGGGUUGUACUCGACGUCCACCGGCCCGCCACCCCCUCUGGGGACGACGGGCAGGCGACCUCCCCCGCCUCGCCGGCGCUGCUCGGCGUGGGCAAGGCGCUGGGGCACAUGUCCUUCUUCGGCGUCUUCGACGGGCACGGCGGCUCGCAGGCGGCCGAGUUUUCCAGCGAGCGCAUGUACAGCCUGCUGGCGCAGGACUUCAACAGGUUGGUGGCCGACCCCCUGGAGGCCCUGAGGGAUGCCAUCGUUCGCACGGAGGAGCAGUGGACGGAGGCGGCCCUGCGGGACGAGCUGUUCGACGGCACGACCGCGGCGGUCGUCGUGCUGGACCGGCGGAAAGGUUUGUGCGUCGUCGGGAACGUCGGCGACUCCGAGGUGAUCCUCGGAACCCGCACCAGGGCUGGCGAGACACGCCUUGAAGUGCUCACCGAGGUGCACCGCGUGAAAGGCAAUGAGAAGGAGGCCGCGCGCGUGGAGGAGCUCGGGGGCCGGGUCUGGAGAGGGCGCCUGGCGCAUCCGAAGAUCAACCCCAAGAUCGCGUCCCUGGCCGUCUCGCGGGCGAUCGGGGACAUCUUCUUCAAGCACAAGGACUUCACCUGCGGCAGGGUCUCGGGGCUCACCGCGGAGCCCCACGUGACCUCCUGCCAGGUGCGGGGCGGCGAGGUGGCGGAGCAGUUCCUCAUCCUCGGCUGCGACGGGUUCUGGGACACGGUGACCUACGAGCAGGCGCUGGGCAAGGUGCUCGAGCUGCUGGACGCUGGGGAGGACGCGCAGAGCAUCAGCGAAGUGCUCGUGCGCCGAGCGCACGAGGCUGGCUCGACGGACAACAUCACCGUGAUCGUCGUGGUGUUGUGACGGCCCCAGUUCCCAAGCCUUUGUCCUUUGAGGGAGGAACGGACAAAAAAAGA